AUGAAACCCAAUCAAGGUCGAAAUCAAGUGGUUGCUAGGAAUACUCAUAAGCGUAGUGAUGAAGAGUUAGCUGUUAGUGGUAAUAGAUUAGUUAAUAAUGGUGUCGGUGAAAGUAGUGACGACACAACCUCAUUGCAGGAGAAUCUCUUUGAAUCUGUCGGUGAUAAUCUAGAAACAUCUUUAGUUCAAAACGAUGUGUUAAAUCAACAUAGAAAUCCCCCAAUUCCUUAUGUACAGAAUCAAGUUCAUGGUGAACCAAUUUCUGCUCGUCCGAAAGUGGCUAAUGUACCUGGUAAUGGAGUCUCAAACUUCCAGAAGUCAGGUGACAGUAAAUCGUUUCGUGAAAAACUUGGCAAAUUUAUUAAACCACAAGUUAUAGGAUUGAAACUAAGCCAGUUUAAUUUGUUUGGCAAAAAUUAUAAAGUGAAUAAAGGAGAGACAUCGUCUAAUUGUAGACCACAAGCAAAUCAUAAUGUGUUAGUUGAUGAAACCAGUCCUUUAAAUCCACCUGAAGAAAAUCACAGCAAUUUACACCGUCAAACAGAAGUUUAUUUACAAAAUGGUCAAACACAUACAAGACCUACUAAUCUCGCCUUGCAGGUCAUGGGAAAUCAGUGCACUACAGAUCAUGACAAUAUUUCCCCAUCUUAUAUUGAAAAUAGGCUAGGAUUUGCUGAAGUUGGGGUUGCCAAGUUGCAUCAGUCAAAUGACCCACAAUCUUCUGUAUUAAGGGUAAAAAAUGGAGUACAAUCUAAAAGUACAUCAGAUCUGAGUCCCGCUAAAAAGUCUAAAUUACAAGAGACUGUGAUUGGUAAUUCAGCUGAUGGUCAGAGCAGACGACCAACAUCUUUAUCAUUGAAAGAUUCAUCAGAAUCGCCUGUCAAUAGUGAUGGGGACACGAUUCGACGAUCAGCACCAAAUAUGGUCCACAAGGACCACAAAAACACUAACUCUAGUGAUAAGAUAAAACGGAGAGUUAAAACACCAGUACUAGUUAACAAGUCAAGAUUUUCACUUUAUGAUGAUAGGCUUAUGUUUCAAAGUGACAUUGUACAAAAUAAUUCUUGUGUUAAACAACUGCCAAAGACAAGCACCAGUUUUCAUCAGUUAAAGACUUUUACAAGUUCAGACCAGAAAAACACUGAUAAUACUAAUUUAGUUAUAAUUUAG